GCGCCUGCGCGGGCUGCUCUUUUCCCCACCCCCCCCCGGGAUGAGGGGGGAGUGAGAGGGGCGGGGCCCGGGCGCCAACUCCGCUCGCCGAUGCGUCGCUCACUCCGGGGAUUCGGCCUGGGGUCGCUCUUCGGACGUUCUGGGUGGCGGUGUUUCGAGGCCCCCCUCCCGAGAACUUCGCAGGUGUGUGGGGAGGAAUAUAAGAAAUUCUGACAAAGUCUACGAGUAAGAUGGAUAGUUAUUUUAAAGCAGCAGUCAGUGACUUGGACAAACUCCUUGAUGAUUUUGAACAGAAUCCAGAUGAACAAGAUUAUCUCCAAGAUGCACAAAAUGUUUGUGAUUCUAACCACUGUUCAGUUUCUUCAGACUUAACCUCCUUACAACUAAAUUCUGUGUUAUCAAAGGAACAACAGUGCAUUAAUUGUUGCGCAUCUUCUGAAACACUCCUUGAAACAAAUCAGAUAUCCCUGAAUGAAACAACAUUUGAGAGACUAACUUCAAUACAGAAUGAAAAAAAUGUAACUGGACUUGACCUCCUUUCUUCUGUCGAUGGUGGCGCUUCAGAUGAAACCCAGUCUUUAUAUUUGGGACGAUGUAGUAAGCCUGUCUGUGAUUUGAUAAGUGACAUGGGUAACUUAGUUCAUAUAACUAAUAGUGAAGAAGAUAUUAAAAAGGUAUCAGAUGAUUUUAAGUCAAGUUCAGAGUCUUUGAUUGGAAUGGAUUUAUCCACAGUGUCAGAAACUCUUAUUGUUUCUUCAGUUGACCAUGAUAAAAAUACUGUCAAAGAAGAACAGAAUGAUGUGGAUUCUGAAUUACAAAAUAGAGAAGGAACUGAAGAGUUCGGUAUAAAAGUAGAACUCUCAGAUUCAUGUAAUUACAGUGGGAAAGACAACGUAAAGGAUAAAAAUAUUUCUAAUCAAUUAGAAUCAGUUGUUGAUUUUAAUAUGCCAUCUGCUUUGACUCAACAAAGUCCUAAAACAUUUGAUGCCAAAGACAAUCUACAGCCCAUGAACCAGCCAUGUGAAGUAAAGACUGAUGACUGUUUGGUAAAGGAAGUGGUAGAUGGGACAGUCAUGGCUGCCAUUGAUUCUUUAAAAGAAGGAGGAAGCACAAGUGCUUUGCCUUGCAGUAUUCUACAAGAUGAAGAUUUAUAUUUAAAUGAUUCAAAUUCAAAAGAUGAAAAUAUAAAAUUGCCUGACUUCUCCUUUCAGGAAAAUAGGACUGCUUUACAGACCGUUGAGAAACAGUCUGUAAAAGAAGACUCAAGAAAUUUAGAUCUUAAAGAUAUAAUCCAAGAUUCCUCUUCAGAUUUACAUGUUUUAAGUAAAGAUAAAUAUUCUUCAUUGUCCUGUCUACCAGUACCUGGGUCUUUGUGUAGUGGAUCAUUCAUUGAAAAGAAAGCACAUGAUGAUCAUUUACCUCAGAAUGAACUCGGAGAUAACAUGCAAAAUAUAGUUACUAUGCAUGAAGACACAGAAAAGCCUAUGGUUCUGGAUGAUAAGUCGUUGAAGGAGACAGAACAUUUGAAACAGGAACAUCAGUCAUUAGUUGAAAAGAUGGAAAAUAAAAUGGUAGAUCCUGAUCAGUUGAUAAUCAGAGUUGGCUCUUUGGAUUACCCCAAUAACACCAGUUCUUCUAUAGCUGUGGAGUGUCAAAUGGAGCUUUCUGGUGCUAGUGCCUCUGAGUCUCCUGAUUGUUGUGAAGAUCUCACUUUUUCAAGCAGUAUUGAUGGGCAAGAUUUAGAUUACUUUAAUAUUGAUGAAGGCAUGAAAAGUGGUACAUUAGUUAGUGAUGCUGAACUUGAUGCCUUUUUGAAUGAACAGUAUCUUCAAACCAGUAACAUAAAGUCAUUAGAAGAAAAUGUAAAUGACUCAAAGACUCACAUGAGUCAGGUAGACAUAAAAGACCUAGAUGAAGGAAAUAAUAAUAUAUAUUUUAAUACUGAAUCAGGAGCUACUGGGGAAAAUCCUUGUAUUAAUAUAUGUGAGACCGUUGAGAAAGAAAAUGUUACAGAAAAUGAUGGCUUUUCUUUAGGAAAAAACCCCACAGUUCCAGUUGAACAAAGUUUAUGUAGCAGUACAUCUGAAAUUAAAAAUGAUUUACCAGUCUUUGAAUUAAAUAAUAAAUCAGUUCAUGUUGGAGGGGCCAGACCUAAGCAGUUAACUAGCAUGACAUCAAGAAUAAGGACUCCAAAGGAACCAAGUAAGCCAGAUGUUCCAUAUAUGCCUGAAAGUGAACCUGUUGCACCAACCUCUUGUACUACAGAUUCUACAGCAGAUCCUCAAGCUAACUUCAACUCUAAUUACAUUGAUAUAGAAGGUAAUUUUGGAGGUGGAUCUAGAUUGGUAGCAGCAAAUGAAGAAUCUUUACUAAUAGACGCUAGCCAAGAAGGUUUGGUUUUGGGCCAGAAACAACCUUCUUGGAUUCCAGAUUCAGAAGCUCCAAACUGUAUGAACUGCCAAGUCAAAUUUACUUUUACCAAACGACGACACCAUUGCCGAGCUUGUGGGAAAGUAUUCUGUGGCGUUUGUUGUAAUCGGAAGUGUAAGUUGCAGUAUCUUGAAAAGGAAGCAAGAGUAUGUGUAGUCUGCUAUGAGACUAUUAGUAAAGUUCAGGCCUUUGAAAGGAUGAUGAGUCCAACCAGUUCUAAUCUUAAAUCUAGUCAUUCUGAUGAAUGUUCUUCUACAAUUCAACCUCUUCCAGAGAUUCAGACAUCUAGUGUAUUUUCACCAACAUCUUUACCAAGCUCAGCACUUAAACAACCUACUGUUGAAGGUUUAUGUUCAAAAGAACUAAAGAGAGUAUGGUUCGCAGAUGGUAUAUUGCCCAAUGGGGAAGUUGCAGAUACAACAAAAUUAUCAUCUGGAAGUAGAUGUUCAGAAGACUCUACUUCUCUCUCACCUGAUGUGCCUCUGAUGGUUGAUUCAGUGGGUCAUACCCAUUCUGCUGCCGUGGAAAUAGCAAACAAUGAAAUAGAUACUACAAGAAAUGAGACCAUUCAGGAUUCUAUUUCUCGGGUUCUGCCUGUGGAAAAAUUGCCUGUAAAUACAGGAACUGAGGGGGUACCUGGCUCCGGUUCCUUUUCAUUGGAUGAUGAUGAUGACCCUUUUGCAAAAACUGAGGAACUCUCUAGUGUCACUGGUGUCUUGGCUAACUGCAAUUUACCUGUUGCUAAUACUUCAAAUUAUAGGCUAUUAUGUGGUAUUGAUAAGAAGGUUUGCAAUAAGAUUAGUCUUCUACCGAAUGAUGAGGACAGCUUACCCCCUCUUCUGGUUGUAUCUGAAGAAAAGGAAUCAGAGCCUGUCAUAGAAGAACAUCCAUCUCAUAAGCAGAUCAUUUUGCUUCUUGAAAGUGAAGGUUUUCCUUCAGUUACAUUUGUCCUAAAUGCUAAUCUGCUCGUGAAUGUCAAGUUAGUAUUUUAUUCUUCAGAGAGAUAUUGGUACUUCUCAACCAAUGGAUUACAUGGUUUGGGACAAGCAGAAAUUAUUAUUUUGUUGUUAUGUUUGCCGAAUGAAGAUACUAUUCCCAAAGACAUCUUUAAGUUAUUUAUUACCAUAUAUAAGGAUGCUCUAAAAGGAAAAUACAUAGAAAAUUUGAACAAUAUAACCUUUACUGAGAGUUUCCUCGGCAGCAAAGAUCAUGGAGGAUUCCUAUUUAUUACACCUACUUUUCAGAAACUUGAUGAACUACUCUUACCAAGUAAUCCUUUUCUUUGUGGAAUUCUUAUCCACAAGUUAGAGAUUCCCUGGGCUAAGGUGUUUCCUAUGCGUUUAAUGUUACGACUGGGAGCAGAAUAUAAAGUAUAUCCCACUCCCUUGACAAGUAUCAGAGGACGAAAACCUCUUUUUGGAGAAGUGGGAAACACUAUUAUGAACUUUCUUGUUGAUCUUCGAAAUUACCAAUAUACCUUGCAUAAUGUAGAUCAACUAUUGAUUCAUAUGGAAAUGGGGAAAAGCUGCAUUAAAAUACCUCGAAAAAAAUAUAACGAUGUAAUGAAAGUAAUAAUUUCUUCCAAUGAGUAUGUUAUUAGCAUUGGAGCUAGUUUUAGUACAGAAGCAGAUUCUCAUCUUGUCUGUAUACAGAAUGAUGGAGGUUAUCAAACACAGGUCAACAGUGCUACUGGCCAUUCUAGGGAAGUGACAGGUGCAAGUUUUGUGGUAUUCAAUGGGAGUCUAAAAACAUCUUCAGGAUUUCUUGCUAAGUCCAACAUAGUUGAAGAUGGCUUAAUGGUACAAAUAACUCCUGAGACCAUGGAGGGCUUACGGCUAGCUCUACGAGAACAAAAAGACUUUAAAAUCACAUGUGGGAAAGUUGAUGCUGUAGACCUGAGGGAAUAUGUGUAUAUCUGCUGGGUAGAUUGUGAAGAAAAAGGAAACAAAGGUGUUACUAGUUCAGUAGAUGGAAAAUCAUUACAAGGAUUGCCAAGUGAAAAAAUAAAACUGGAUGCAGAUUUUGAAACAGAUGAGAAGGCUGUAAAGUGUACUGAGGUGUUCUACUUUCUCAAGGACCAAGAUUUACCCAUUUCACCAACUCCUUACCAGUUUGCGAAAGAAAUAGCCAUGGCUUGUAGUGCUGCACUGUACCCUCACUUGAAAACUCUAAAGGAUAAUGGGAUGAAUAAAAUUGGUCUCAGAGUUUCCAUCGAUACUGAUAUGGUUGAAUUUCAGGCAGGAUCUGAAGGCCAGCUUCUUCCUCAACAUUAUCUAAAUGAUCUUGAUAAUGCUCUGAUUCCCGUGAUCCAUGGUGGAACUUCUAGGUCUAAUAGCUUACCAUUAGAAAUAGAGUUGGUAUUUUUUAUCAUAGAAAAACUUUUUUAGUAAAAGGACAUGAGUUUUAUGUUAAACACUUUGUUAAAACUCCAGCUUUAAUGCUGAGAUGCACAAAUGCUAAGAAGUAAUGUUUGAUGCUUGAAACAUCUAAAUCUUUCCUUUUAAGAUAGAAAAAAAUAUCUUUAACACAGUAUUUAAAUCUCUAAAAAUUUGAAGAAAUCAGUUUUUGAAGCUUUACACAUAAUGCACAUACUAAAAAAAACAUACAAACAAAACAUUUUUUUCUACGAGAAAUUUAUAUUUUCUGUUAUUUAAACACUAAGCCAAAGUGUCUGCAUUCAGGUAGGUAUACUCCUUAUGCCAAGAACGAUUUUAAUGAAAAAUUUUGUCCAAUAUAACCUUAUAAAGGAAAUACUGUUUCACAUAUAUGCCAGUUAGAGCACUGGUUUCUAUAGUUUGUUAAAAAUGUUAUCAGUGAGUGGCAUAGAACAAUUUGCAGAUCUUAGACUUAAAUGACUCUUUGGCUGAACAGAUAAUUAAUUGGUGUAAUUGGAGUGUGGACUCACCUCCAUGGUUAGAUAAACUCUUGAGUUAAAAAUCAGAACUUUGCCUUUUUUUCUCAAAUUAUUACAUACAUGAUUUUUCCAGAUUAAAUGGGCAUUCUUAAACAAAUUGUGGGUGCUUCAAGAUUUUGUGCUUCUAUAUUUAAGUAUAUUGUUUUAUAGCAAGAAUGUGAUUUGGUAUGUGUUUUAUAAAUCCUUAAUAACUUAUAAAUUGGUAAUAUUUUUGUAUCAUGAAUUAUUUUUCCUUAUAUAUUUCCUUCUCUAUAUUUACCACUUCUAAGAGAUUAGCCACAGGCCAGGAGACCCUUGAAGUAGCCAUUAUGUAGCAAUAAAUGAAGCCUAAAUAAUGUUUUUUGUUUGUUUGUUUGCUUCUCUCAAUCUUUAGAUAUUUCUAAGUAACUCUGCAUUCUUCAUUGACACCAGUAUAUCAA